AAAAUCGCACUGGUGGUUUUCUGAGCGCGCUCCCUGACGUUGCUUAAGUUCUGUUUGAAGGCUCAAAUGUGCACGAUUCUUUUGAAAGAAGUCACGUGGCCACUAGUUAUUCUCUUCGAUGAGCACCCAACGAAGUCAAACAAGAACUCUACCUGCCAAAAAAAAAAGUCACCAAUUGGUGCUGUCUCAGUCGGCCUUUACCGCCUAUUUUCGGAGCUGUGACGUCGACCUUUUUUUCAGAUUCAAAGUCCUGCGCAUGGACGAUUAUAGCGUGGAAGAUGGUGAUUUUUACGUGUCGGCUCAGCUGUGCGUGGAGGGCAUUCAGGUCUGCCCUUCGGUGAACACUGGUUUUGGGAGGCGCGUGUCGACUUCCGAAUACGACUGGAACGAAGUCUUGAGCUUUCCGGUUGAGUUCAAACAUAUUCCUCUGUCUACGCAGAUCGUGCUUACGGUCGUGGGCAUCUCUCCGCCGGGCGUGAAGUACCCCGUGGGCGGGACGGCGAUGCCCCUGUUUGACGAAAAGUGCGUCUUCCGACAGGGGUACAGAAGGCUCAUGCUGUGGCCGAAUCGCGCUGGAGACGGCGCUGUUCGCAGCACCACGCCUGGCUUGCUCUACCACCACUGCAAGUUGGAAGAGGUGGAGAGGCAAGUCGAGAGGUACUUCCUCGAUCGAGAGCACGUGCCCGAGGUGGAAUGGUUGGACUGUCUGGCUUCGCAGACCAUUGAGAGAAUCAACAUUUCUACGGACGAGUACGUCAAAAAUCGCCAUUUGCUCUCCAUCGAAAUGGCCAAGUUCAGACACCCUCUUUUGUUUCAUCAGCCGUCUCCGCCUGAGAAGGGCGUUCCGUCGCACGCCAGGUCGCCUCAUUCCGGCGAGGGCGCCUUGCAGACCGCGCCCGCCGCGUCUCUGAGUCCGGAGGUCGGCUACGCGAUGCUCGAAGCGGACCCGAAGGCGGCCGAGCACCGAAAUCCGGUCGAGAUCAAGCGCUCUUUCCAACACCAGAUCAGAAAGCAGCGAGAGGACCGACACAAGCACAUCACGAAGACGGCCGAAUACUAUUCGAAGCCCAGCUCCGGCGUCAAGACCAAGCUCAGUAUGAUCCUCGAGUACCCUCCUUUGAAACCGCUGUCGCCGGAAGAAAAAAACACCGUGUGGACUCACCGAUAUUACUUGCGUCGAAACCCCGGCGCGCUGUCCAAAUUCCUCAGGAGCGUGAAUUGGCAAGUCGGCGCGCAAGCCGAGGAGGCCUACGCCAUCAUGCACCAGUGGGAAUCUAUAAGCGUGGGAGACGCACUGGAGCUUUUGUCUAAGCCCUUUUCCGCCUAUCCGAAGAUCAGGUCUUUCGCUGUCCGUCGCCUCGAGUCGUCUACCUACGACGAGAUUUCGGACUACCUGCCGCAGCUCGUGCAGGCGCUCCAAUACGACAGAGACAACGCGCUCACGGACGAAUCGGGCUUGCUCCGGCUCCUGAUUCGGCGCGCGGUCGAAGACGAAUACAUCGGGAACUUUUUUUUUUGGCACUUGCUCGUCGAGUGCGACGCCCUGGACGCCGCUCCCGAGAAGGCCGAGUUAUACUCCGACAUCCACAGGCAGUUCAUGUCCGCCCUGUCCAACUCCGAGAGCAGUCGAGCGCGCAUAUCGGCCUAUAACGGGCAAAAAGAUUUUGUGGUUUCUCUCUCCGAGAUUUGUACCAAGCUGAAGGCGUCCAGACUGUCUCUCCGCAAAAAGACGCAGACGCUCAAGAGCAUGCUUUUGAAAGGCGGCAGCUUCGAGUCGCUGCUCAGCUUCGACCAGCCCAUCCCGCUCCCUUUGGACCCAAAGUUUUCGGUUACCGGCGUUCAUCCGGACAUCCACAUCUUCAAUAGCACCCUCAUGCCGCUCAAGCUGAACCUGAACGUGUGCGGCGGGUCCGUGUUUCCGCUCAUGUUCAAGAUGGGCGACGAUUUGCGCCAGGACCAGUUCGUCAUCCAGCUCAUCUCGCUCAUGGACAAGCUCUUGAAGAAGGAGAACCUGGACCUCAAGCUGACGCCCUAUCGCAUUCUCGCGGCGUCCAGGUCAGUGGGGAUGAUCGAGAUAGUUCCGCACAGCAUAAACAUCGCGGACGUGCUGAAAUAUUUCGGCGACAUUAUUUCCUACAUGCGCUACUACAACGCGCAGGUGACCAGCACGCCCGGCACGGACGAUUGCCUGAAGAAGGGCCUGCAUUCCUUCAACUACUGCAUCAACGACUUGGACACCUACGGCAUCGACCCGGUGGUUCUCAACAAUUUUGUGCGCAGCUGCGCCGGAUAUUGCGUCAUCACGUACAUCCUUGGCGUGGGGGACCGACACCUGGACAACCUCCUGAUCACUCGGGACGGCAAGCUCUUCCACAUCGACUUCGGGUUCAUCCUGGGACGCGACCCGAAGCCCUUCCCGCCGCCGAUGAAGCUGUGCAGGGAGAUGGUUUUGGGGAUGGGCGGCAAGGAGUCCGUGCACUACGAGCUGUUCAAGUCCUACGCCUGCGAGGCGUACAACAUCCUGCGCAAGUCCGCGUACCUGAUACUGAACCUGUGUUCGCUAAUGGUGGACUCGGACCUGAAGGACUUCGCCCACGGCGAGCGCGCCGCCCUGAAGGUCCAAGAGAAGCUGAAGCUGGACUACACCGACGAAGAGGCGUGUCUCCACAUGGAGAACCUGAUCGCGGAGUCGGUGAAGGCGAUCGUCGCGCCGCUGAUAGAGGUAAUGCACUCCUGGGCGAAGUACUGGCGGAGCUGAGUCGAGGGCGCGUGUCAGACAGAAUGUAUGCGAACUCGUGUGUAUGUUUUUUUGGCCUGUCGCGCUCUGCCGCGGCUCGCAAGCGUUGGCGGGGCUGAGUCGAGGGCGCGCGCCAGACAGAGCGCACGCGAAAUGGUGUGUGUUUUUUUUGGCGCGUGGCGCUCUGCCGCGGCUGAGUCGGGGGCGCGUGUCAGACAAGGUGUACGCAAAA